AAACGGUAUUGGUGUAGAAAAGAACGAACAGGAAGCAGUUAAAUGGUUCACAUAUGCAGCUCAACAAGGAAUUGGAUGUGAAGUUGAUCUUGAAGGUGCUACGCAUUGGUUGGAAAGAGCAGCUAGCUCUGGUUGUAGAAGAAGCUGCGAACGAUUAAAAACAUUAUUAGUGAAGGAAUGUUUGGGACAAGAGGCAAGCGGAAAUGGAUGGAAUCGGCUUAAGCCAGCUCGGCUUAGCUCAAAAGCCAAGCCGAGCCGGCUCGAGCUGAUGGCUCAAGCCAGCUCAAGUAAAUUGGCUCAAGCCGGCCCAACCAAUCAAAAUCAAGAAUCUGCCAUGACAAUCGGUCAAGGACCACCAGUCCUCAAAUUAGAUCGCGGUUCUGAACAUUUUAGGUAG